AUGUCAGCGCUGCUCAGAACAAUGGUGUCUCUCGGCCUCGUCUGCAGCGCAAAUGUGAGUGAGCUGACACAGAGACAGAAGAAAGGCUCAUUUGCUCACUGUCUGUGUCUCUGGUUGUUCUUUCAUCAGAGUGUCUGGCAGCUGGCGGCUCACUUGUUGGUGAGUUUCGAUGUGGUGUGCAGAAGCACCGCCGCCAUCGACUGCUGGGCGGAGGUCUCCCCCUGCCAGCUGUGCGUCCGAUGGGCAAACGGCCACGAGUGCUCGCCCGACGUGAGUGAGGGCGCCAACACCGUCCUGCUGCCGUCGACCCACACAGACGCACACCUCCAGCUGUCAUGCAAACACGCAGGUGGGUGGGCUGUCACUCGAGUGUCCUCAUUCGUGUGUGUAAUGCCUGCUUCUGCAGAUGUGUUCGUCCAAGCGGGUGCCAGUGAGGAGCCACAACACACUCUGCCCAUCACCAAGGUCAGUCAUCGAAAUGAGACACACGAAAAGUUAACCCACACUCUCACUCUUGUGUGUGUCGAAUGGCUGCAGGCACUGCAGAGCUCCUCGUCGUCGCCAUCGAUCUAUGUCUACCCCAUCUGCCCCGCAGUGACCUCAAAUGAACAGACUCAUGAGCAGACAACUGGGCGACACGGUUCAUGGAGGCACACGCUUGGCGCGCUGUGGUGCUUUGUGUGGAGUGUGGCCUUCUUACAAGCGCCACGCACUUACACACUGUGGCACAAGCGCAGCAAAAGCUGACGAGACACUGUGCAUGUCUGUCCAUCAAUCAACCACAGUUGCCUGCGUGACGUGACUGUAAAUGUUGAUUGAGUCUUCGGGAAUGGAAUGGGAGCGUCUCCACAGGCAGCCAGCUGUGCCAACUAUGAAGUUUGUGCGCUGCCGUCCGACUGUCUUGUCUUGCUGACUGUCUUGUGUGUGUGUGUGCUGCAUCAAUUGCAUGCUGUAUGUGGAGUGAUCACUAGUCAAUGGAAUGGGCGGAUUGAUUAUGCGAUGGAUGGCUGAUGGAUGAAGGACUGAAUCACGUCACAGCACAGCACACACAGCACACACCGCACGACGUCAGGGCCCACCUGUCGGUCGGCUGCCUGCUGCCUGUCUACCUUGUUUCCUCUCGUGUUGCCUUGUCUGUCUCGUCCUGUCCUCGCUGGUCUUCCCUUUCCUUCUCUUGUCCUCUGUGCGUGUGUGUGUGUGUGUGCGCGUGGUGAUGCCUCCGAAUGGCUAAGGCAGCACGUCUCACUCUUUCUGAAUCACUCACUUACUCGGUGACACCCAGGCAGAGAGGCAGCCAGGCGGCCAGGCAGCACACAGACGGACGUGCGAGGGUGCCGAUGGAUGCCAUUGGAUGGAUGGCACGAGAGCCAGCAGGCGGUGGUUGGGAGACAAACGGAC